AUGGGCACAGAAACCAAGUUAAAUUGCUAUACAGAGAACACUACAUCUGCUGGUAUCGUACGUGUUCCCAACAAAGUGGUCACUAACUCAUCUACAGAUCAAAAAACAUGUUCAGGCAUUAAGAAUUCCUCAGCUGUAACUUCGCCAUCCUGCUCAAAUGUACCAUUUGUUCCAAUACACAUUGAUGAAAAUGACGUUAUUGAAGGUGCUAAACAAAUUAUAACGUCGAUUCGGCCAUCCUGGAACCUGAAUUAUGUUCAAUUUAAGAAAUUUACCGAUGGAAUAACAAAUAAACUAGUUGGCUGCUUUUAUAAUCCACCAGAAGUGCAUCAUGAUGUUGAUUCCAUUGCCAAUAGAGUUAAUGGUGUACACAUUUGUUCCGAAGAUAUCACUGCACCGAACGUUAAUGGCGAAGAAAGUCCUGUCGAUGAAAAUAAUGACUCGGGAAAUCUCAGUGAUGCUGAUGCUGCCGACACUGACACAGAGUCGCAUAAUUACACGAAUGAAUGUGGCCAGAAACAGAAAGAUGUAAUACUUGUCCGAAUAUAUGGCAAUAAAACAGACCUGCUAAUAGAUCGCAAAGCCGAAACCAGAAAUAUAAUUCUGUUGCACAGUUAUGGUUUUGCACCCACUCUAUAUGCUACAUUUAAAAAUGGUUUGGUCUAUGAUUUUGUACCUGGCGUUACUCUCAACCCGGAGAGUGUUUUACUUCCCGAGAUAUGGUCGUUAGUGGCUCAACGCAUGGCAGAUAUGCACAGAGUGGUGAAACCCGAUUGGAACCGAAAUGCAAAGCCCGUACCAAUGCUGUGGAAAAAGACACAAAGUUUCUUUGACUUAGUACCUGAACGAUUCACUGAUGCCGAUAAACAUAAAAGACUCGAGGGCGUAUUUUUACCUAUAAAACGAAUGCGCGAUGAAUUUGCCGAACUGUAUAAACGUUUGGAAAGUUUAGACUCGCCGGUAGUAUUUGCACAUAACGAUUUAUUGCUGGGCAAUGUUGUUUAUACCGAAUCUCGACAAACCGUCACUUUCAUUGACUACGAAUACGCUGACUACAAUUUCCAAGCUUUUGACAUUGGCAACCACUUCACCGAGUUUGCUGGCGUUGAUACUGUGGAUUACACCCGUUAUCCCAGCCGCGACUUCCAAUUGAAGUGGCUGCGAGUAUAUCUGCAAACGUACUUGCAAAAGAGCGAUGUAACCGAUGCUGAAGUAGAGCGCCUAUAUGUGCAGGUAAACCAAUUUGCAUUGGCAUCACACUUUUUCUGGGUCAUAUGGUGUCUCAUACAAGCCGAACAUUCCACCAUAGAUUUUGAUUACGUAGAUUAUGCCUUCCUGCGUUACAAUGAGUACUUGGCCAGAAAGGACGAGUUCUUAUCACUGGAUGAACGUUUACCGAAAUGUAAAAUCUAA